AUGUUUCAUGAAUUUCUUCAGGAGUUGGGUCCUCUCAAAAACACAGAGCUCCCCUUUCCAUUUAGAAAUUAAUUCAAAAUCAAAGAAAACUUCAUCAAUCCAAAUAGCAAACAUUUCGACACAAUCGCCCAGAAGUACAUUAAUCAAUAUUAAAUAUAUGUAGAUUACUCUCAGAAGAAAAAGCAAGUAUCAAACGAAAAUGGGAUAAAUAAUGCAAAAUGAUGUUCAUCUGGAUAUUGGGCAAGUUCUUCUAAUUGAAAAAUAAGAAAACCAUCAACCCCACAGAAGAUGAAUGGAGACAAUUAUCUAGUAUUCUUAAAAUUGAUGAAUUUACUCUCAAAUAACGAUGGAUAACCCUUAUAAAUCCAGUUUCUAAGAGUAUUAAUUGGGAUCCAGAGGAGGAUGAAAUCAUUCGAUCACUUAUGAAGUAUACAAUAUACAUAUUUGUAAUCAAGUGAAUAGGAUGAAAAGCAUAUUUGGACACACAUCGCUCUUGAAUUGUAUAAUUAAAACAAUGGACAAUACAUCAGAACUCCAAAAUAGGUCAGAGAAAGAUGGAUGAAUUAUUUAAAUCCGAAGCUUAAAAAGUAUUAUGUCAAUUUACCAUUAUCUUAGGACUAAUUGGAACUAACAAGAAGAUCUACAGCUAUUGAAUAUGGUUGUUAAGAAUGGCAAGAGAUGGUCACUGAUUUCCAGUCUUCUGGAUGGCAGAACAGAAAAUUAAGUCAAAAACAGGUAAUCAAAUUUCAUAUUUAAAACAGAUUUAAAAGUCUCAUUCAAAAAAUCUACAAAGAUGAAGACGAUGAUGAUAUUGAAGAAUUGGAAGCUAUAAAAGAGUAUUUGAAUAAACAAAAUGUAUAAUAAGUCUAAGAACCACAGAAGGAAGAGUCUCAAAUUAGAGUAACUUAUUUAAGAUAGGUUAAAACUAAAACCAAUCCUUAAUAUUCUAAUAAAAUCGAUGAAAUGGAAGUGUUAACUAAAAGAAGAAAGAAUAUUAAAGAUAUAUUACAAAUUGGAGAAUAGUAGCAAGUUAAGUCGUAGAAAGAUUCAUAAAUAAAAUCAAAGUAAAAAACAACAAAAUUAAAAGUUGAAGAAAAUAUAUAAGGUGUGUAAGCUGAGUAAUUAUAGUAAUAGUAAUAGUAAUAAGAAUAGUAAUAGGAAUAGUAAUCAUAAUAAUAAAUAUUAUAAUAAUAACAAUAAUUAUAAUAAUAAUAAUUCUAAUUUGAAUAAUAAUUAAAAAUGCAGUAACAGUUUUAAUCCUAGUUAUUAUGUGAGAAUAAUAAAAAAGAUCUCUCAACUCCUAAUACUUUGUAUUAUAACAUUUAACCCUCCUUUUAAAAAAUGGAGGACUUAAAAAAUGAUCAAUUUUAAUUUAAAUAAGUCUAGCAAUCUCCAAUUCAAUAACCUAAUUAGUACCUAUAUCAAGGAUUUCGUCCAUAUUAAGAGGAUAUGCAAUAACAAUUCUAACAAACCCCUAUGUAGAUGUUUAUGGGUUAGUACUUAAAGAACUACUAAUAAAAUUACAAUCUUGUUUCUCCUUUUCCACAAAUUAACCAAACACCUAUGGUAUACACUCCUGCCUAAGCGAUGUACAUGUAUAAUAAUAAUAAUCCUUAUAAUAUGGGGGUAUCACCUCUUUUGAUUAGAAGUCCCUAUCCUGAGAAUUUGUCUCCCAAUAUUGCUCCCUAAUAGCAGGCACCUUAGGCUUUUUGGUAAACCCCUCAAUAAACAACGCUUGACUAUUAGUUGAAUGAAUAAAAGUUCUCUUUGGUAUAAUUUCCAUAAUAAAUUUAGAAUAAAUUAGAAUUUCUAUAGUCAAAUAAUUUGGUUGAUAAAUGGAAAUAGAAAAGAAUAAAUGAAAAGUAAAAUGCCUCAUUUUUGGAACCCUUUUAAUCACUUGAUUAAUGA